CGAUAUUGUAUGUUUGCUACAGUGGCAUAUAAGAGAUUCAGAAGAUGGGCAGGAGCUCGGAAAUCCGGAACGAAGAAACCAGUGACGAUGUGCCAUUUAGCCAUCUAGGAUUACGGGAGUUCGGACCGAUCUUCCUUACAAUGCUCUCAGAUUCACUCCGACGGGAGAUUGGGCAACAUUUCGUAGUGGGAUUUCAUGGACAAGAAGUGAACGAUGACAUACGGAGACUGAUACAGACGUACUUUGUGGGAAGCGUGAUUCUGAUGAAAAGGAAUGUAAAGGAUGCUGAGCAGAUUAAGAGGAUGGUAUCGGAGCUGCAAACGAUCGCGAAGGAGGCAGGUCACGAAAGGCCAUUGCUGAUUGGAACGGAUCAGGAGAAUGGUAUGGUGUCGGCGAUGAGUUCGUCCACGGCAGCGACGCAAUUCCCCGGUGCCAUGGCUCUCGCAGCUACGGGCUCGCCAGAGAUGACCAGAGAUGUGUACGCAGCAUCCGGAAAGGAGUUGAGAUUGCUUGGCGUCAAUUGGGCAUACAGUCCCGUAGUGGAUGUGAAUUCCGACAUGAAAAAUCCGGUUAUUGGAGUGAGAUCCUUUGGAAAUGAUGCCGAGGAGGUUGCAAAAUAUGUUGUAGCAGCGACCCAGGGCAUCAUGUCGUCGAAUGUCGCACCUACUGCAAAGCACUUUCCUGGGCAUGGUGAUACCCAUGUUGACUCACACCUUGCCUUGCCGCGGAUCAACAAAAGUCGAGAGGAAAUGGAGCUGACGGAACUGAUUCCAUUCCGGAGGGUGAUUGAGGAGAAGUGUGCUACUAUAAUGACGGGACAUAUGGCGCUGCCCUUGGUGACCGGCGGGGAUAUACCUUGCUCGUUGUCGAGGCAGAUUACAACGGGGUGGCUGCGAGAAGAUCUGGGUUUCGAGGGCGUGGUGGUGACGGACUGCCUGGAAAUGGAUGCUAUUGCUGAACCGAACCAGGGUGGCUGUGGCGUCGAAGAGGGCGCGGUUCGCGCACUGGAGGCAGGUGCAGAUAUCGUGAUGAUAUGUCAUACGAUGGCGAGACAAGUGGGCACCAUUGAACGUGUGUACGACGCGGUCCAGGCAGGAAGAAUCAGCGUCGACCACUUGAAGGGCAGUGGCGAUAGAGUGAAGGUCUUGAAGGACCGGUUCACUGACUGGUCUCUUCCUGCAGACGACUGGAACACGGUCAAGGCUGAGAGUAAAAAGCUCAGCGAGGAGGCGUACCAGAAGUCCACUGCUAUCCUCCAGAACGGCACCUGGCUCAAAGCUACUGGCACCGUCGUGUGCUACACCCCUCGACCAGAAAGCUUGAACAAGGCCAUCGAUGACGCUGACGGAGUUUUGAGGGACGGUGCUGGCAGAGUCCGAAACACCGCUGGACCAUCAUUUGCUGCACUGGCUCAGUCCAUCUCCAAGAGAACAAAAUGCGUGCAUGUCGUGUAUCCUAGUGACGAUCCAAUCGAUUGGAACGACGUGUCUGGUAUCGUGUUUGUCUUGAGGAACGCGGAUAGGUCGCGCUGGCAGCUGGAAUGGAUGAAGAAAGUAGCGGAAAGAGGGAUAAAUAUGGUGCUGGUAUCUUGCUGCACGCCGUACGACUUGAACGGAGUCGACGUCGAGCAGGGAUGUUUGGCGACGUUUGAGUUUACUGUGCCUGCAUUCGACGCGGCAGCUCGUGUCAUUUUUGGCGAGGCACGUGCCGAAGGACAUUCGCCCGUAAUUACCUAAUUUAGACUCGAUCUAAUCUCCCACGUGCUGAACAUAGCCUCUGUUGG